UAUACUCGACUGACGAAAUCGGAGCAAAACUAGUUUGGUGUCUCAAAAUGUGUGAACAACUUUGUAGAUUGUGUUUAUCUGAAGAUAAUUUAUCAUUUCUAUUCACAAAUACGGAAGAAAAUGACAAUUUCAGUCAUGUUUUGUUGCUAACUACAGGAUUGAAAAUCGAAUCUAACGACGGUCUCCCUCAAAAUAUAUGCAGCAAAUGCAAGGACGACGUCCACACAGCUUUAAAUCUACGCAACAGAAGUUUACAAAGCGAAACUAAAUUAAAACAAAAGUACAACAGCAAUCAAAGUAAUUACAACGAAAAUAUAGUCGAAAAUAGUGAAAUAAUUUCAAUCAUUUUGGAAAAUCAUGACAACAGCAAUGAAAAUUGUGAAGAUUACGAUAAUAUUGACGGAUUUCCGGAAUUAAAAGUCGAAAUCGAAUGUGACAGAAUAGAAGAUCAAAAUGGUGGAGAAACAAAAUGGCUGCCAGAGGGAACUGUCAAAAAGUUAACUAAAAAGGAGAAAAGGCAACAGUAUUUGGACUUGGUUGAUGGUGAAUUGGACCCGGAAGGGCCGGUUAGAUGUAAAAUUUGUAAGAAGACUGUCAGCAAUUGGAAAUGCUUUAUCAGUCACGCGAAAUUACAUUUGGGAUUCAAUUUUGUUUGUGAAUUUUGCGGAAAAAGUUUUAUUUCAACGACGCAGCUGAAGCGCCACUGUAGAUCCUACCACGGCAUGAGUCGAGAACUCUCAUGUCCACACUGUGACUAUCUAGCUUUAGAUAAUGCUCAACUCAAGCUCCACGAGCGUCGUAUGCACACAUUUGAGCGUCCGUUCAGCUGCGACGAGUGCGGCGCGGCGUACCACAGCAGGCGAUGUCUUGUGCAGCACAUCGAGAGCCAUCGCACCGAAGCUACAGUGCAGUGUGAACAAUGUCCGCUAACAUUCAAGUCGUCCCGUCAACUGUCUCGACAUCGCUACAGAACACACAAGUAUCAGAGACCAGACGCCAAAUUUAUUAAUACUUUUGAACAUACCUAGUAUAGGUAAGAUCGGCGUUGAAUGUACCAGAAUUUUAUAAAGCUCAAAUACUUACCAUUACCUUUGUGCCGACAUUGUCAAUGAAUUGUGCGUGAAAUAAUGGUCGUCUGCCAUCGAUUCGCCAAGAAAAAAGCGUCACUUUCGUGACAUGAGAAUUCGCCGGAAUUUGCGAGAAUCCUACAGAAUUCGGCGGAAUGUGCGAGAAUUAGAAUUAGUGAGACUGUGGCUUGUGAAGCCGUACCAACAAUUGCUGAGUCGGUCGACUCCCUGUUUGCGACUUCCUGCAGAAGUCUGUUAUAAAAAGUCGAGUUAUGUCUCCGCGACAAAGUAGUGAAAGCCACAUCUGAUAGUCUGUGGGCAGCUUUAUAAUUAUUGUGCUUUAAAGCUAAGUGGCUUUAAAAAUAAAAAAUCAAAUAACAAA